AUGCCUUCCGCUGAAUCAAAACCCAAGACCUUGUACGACAAGGUCUUCCAGGAUCACAUUGUCAAUGAGCAAGAAGAUGGUACUUGCUUGAUUUACAUUGACCGUCACCUCGUUCACGAGGCUUUCGAGGGUCUGAAGAACGCUAGCCGAAAGGUCCGCCGGCCGGACUGCACUUUGGUUACAGUCGACCACAACAUCCCCACUUCCUCACGGAAAAGCUUCAAGAACGCCGCCGACUUCAUCAAGGAGAACGACUCGCGUUUGCAAUGCACAACCCUCGAGGAGAACGUCAAGGACUUCGGUCUUACCUACUUUGGCAUGGGCGACAAGCGUCAAGGAAUUGUCCACAUCAUUGGUCCUGAGCAGGGCUUCACUCUGCCUGGCACCACUGUCGUCUGUGGUGACAGUCACACCUCCACACACGGUGCUUUCGGCUCUCUGGCCUUCGGUAUCGGAACCAGUGAAGUCGAGCACGUUCUCGCAACCCAAACCCUCAUCACUCGUCGCAGCAAAAACAUGCGCAUUCAGGUCGACGGUGAGCUGCCCGCUGGUGUCACCAGUAAGGAUGUUGUUCUCCACAUUAUCGGUGUGAUUGGCACAGCCGGUGGUACUGGUGCGGUUAUCGAGUUCUGCGGAUCCGUCAUCCGUGGACUCAGCAUGGAGGCCCGUAUGUCCAUGUGCAACAUGUCCAUCGAGGGUGGUGCGCGUGCUGGCAUGAUCGCACCUGACGAGAUCACUUUCGAAUACCUCAAGGGUCGUCCCCUGGCCCCCAAGUACGGCAGCGCCGAGUGGAACAAGGCUGUGAACUACUGGUCCAGCCUGAAGUCCGAUGAGGGUGCCAAGUAUGAUGUCGAUAUCUUCCUUGAUGGAAAGGACAUCAUCCCCACCAUCUCUUGGGGUACCUCUCCCCAGGACGUCAUCCCAAUCAACGGCGUCGUUCCUAGCCCCGAUGACUUCGAGGAUGAGGCCCGCAAGUUGGCUUGCAAGCGCGCUCUCGAGUACAUGGGCCUUGUCUCUGGCACUCCUAUGAAGGAGGUUAGUGUUGACAAGGUUUUCAUCGGAUCUUGCACCAACGCCCGUAUUGAGGAUCUGCGCGCCGCAGCCAAGGUCGUUAACGGCCGCAAGGUUGCCGCCAACAUCAAGCGUGCUAUGAUUGUUCCCGGCUCUGGACUGGUCAAGCAGCAGGCCGAGGAUGAGGGUCUUGACAAGAUCUUCGAAGACGCCGGCUUCGAAUGGCGUGAGGCUGGUUGCUCCAUGUGCCUGGGUAUGAACCCGGAUAUCCUCUCUCCCAAGGAGCGAUGUGCCAGUACAUCCAACCGUAACUUCGAGGGUCGCCAGGGUGCCCAGGGUCGCACUCACCUGAUGUCCCCCGCUAUGGCUGCCACCGCUGCUAUCGUCGGCAAGCUUGCCGACGUCCGUGAGCAUUAUGUGGCCAGCCCCGUCCUCGGAAAGGCCUCUCCCAAGAUCGAUGUCCAGCAGCCCGUCGCAGACUCCCCGGAGACCGAGGAUGAGCUUGACCGUGUUCUCGAUCAGCCAGCCGAUGACCAGCCCCACACCAACACUAGCGCCCCCGCUAGCGGUGGUAAGAGCACUGGCCUCCCCGCCUUCACUUCCUUGAAGGGUAUCGCCGCUCCUUUGGACCGUUCCAACGUCGAUACCGACGCCAUUAUCCCCAAGCAGUUCCUGAAGACCAUCAAGCGUACUGGUCUUGGCACUGCUCUCUUCUACGAGCUCCGUUACACCGACGACAAGGAGAACCCUGACUUCAUUCUGAACCAGGGUAUCUACCGUGGCGCCAAGAUUCUUGUUGUUAGCGGUCCCAACUUCGGAUGUGGUAGCUCCCGUGAGCACGCCCCUUGGGCUCUGCUGGACUUCGGUAUCAAGUGCAUCAUCGCCCCCUCCUUCGCCGAUAUCUUCUUCAACAACACUUUCAAGAACGGUAUGCUGCCCGUCGUCGUCUCUGACGAGGCUGCGCUGGCCAAGAUCACCGCAGAGGCCCAAGCCGGCCGCGAGGUUGAGGUCGAUCUCGUCAGCCAGGAGAUCAAGGACUCUCAGGGUAACAAGAUCGUCUCCUUCGACGUCGAUGCCUUCCGCAAGCACUGUCUUGUCAACGGUCUGGAUGACAUUGGUCUCACCCUCCAGAUGGAGUCCAAGAUCCGCACUUUCGAGACCAAGCGCACUCUCGACACCCCUUGGUUGGAUGGCAGUGGCUACCUCCGUCGCGACCGCCGCGGUGCGACCAUGGUCGAGGCUGCUCCUGUCCCAAAGACCAACCGUGGUGAGGUGACAAAUGAGCCCCUUGAGUGGUAA